AUGGUGCUGCCUAGUUCUGAUAUUUGGUCUGGAAGCACUUCUGAAGUCAUCAGUGCUGGAAGGGCGAGAUUGCGUGCAAAUUUAUCCCAACCCUUCCAGUUUACAGGCAACCCUUCCGAGAAUACACUUUCAACAUCCGAAUUGAAACCUCAGCAUCUGUUUGGCUUCAUCGGGAAACAGAACUCGCUCGUUCUAGAGAAUCUUACAGAUCAGGCUUACAUCGAAACACAUGUUCGGGAAGAUCAAGUGUCAAUAAAGUCAAUUAAAGGUUGCGUCAUUUAUCUUGGCUGUUCUUUCUCUUCAAGCUCAAUUCCGUGUCAAAUUGAAAAUGUACAUUCAUCAAUUAUCCUAGUCAAGGGAAGUAUGACAGGUUCUUUAAGUUGCAUAAAAAACCUGGUAAUCAUCGCAGAUUGUCAUCAAUUGCGGUUGAAUAAUGUGACGCACUGUAGUGUUCUAGGUCGAGUCGUUGGCAAAGAAAUCAUUCUAGAAAAAUGUGCCGAAAUCAAGUUCGGGUCUUGGACCGAAGGGAAGAUCUUGAGGCCUGGAUAUUCAGUCAAUGAUAUUGACCGACCCGGAUCGUACGCAAAAGACUCCUUUAAUUAUUUCGAAGAUAAUAGUUUAUCCAUCGAGGAGCUCAUCGUAGAUUCUUUCUCCUCACCCAGCAUUUUCGCCUUGUGGAGGGACACAACUGAUACGAUCAGAACCGAUCUAUCCUUGUGA